AGACAGCGGGGCCUGGAGCGAGUGAGGCUGGGAACUUUCGUUACUCCUCUCGGAGGGAAGUUCCAGCGGCGGCCGCAGCAGCAGCAGGUGUGGCGUGGUGGUGGUGAGGGGGCAUCAGCGAGCCAUGGACCUGCGGAAGUUGAGCGAGCUGCGGGCCUUCGUGAAACUCUGCAAGCAGAACCCGGCCGUCCUGCACACUGAGGAGAUGCGCUUCUUUCGCGAAUGGGUGGAGAGCAUGGGAGGAACCAUACCGCCAGCUCCAUGCAACACUUCUACAGAAGAGGCUGCUGAGGCGAAACCAGAAGAAAAGAAGCCAGAAGAACCGCCAAUACCACCAGAGCCUGAGAGUGAAGAGAGUGAUUUGGAAAUUGAUAAUGAAGGAGUGAUUGAACCCGACAAUGAUGAACCUCAAGCAAUGGGAGAUGAAAAUGUUGAGGUAACAGAAGAGAUGAUGGACCAGGCCAAUGAAAAAAAGAUGGAAGCUAUUAAUGCAUUAGGCGAAGGUGAACUUCAGAAAGCCAUUGAUUUAUUCACAGAAGCCAUUACAUUGAAUCCACAUCUAGCUAUCCUGUAUGCCAAGAGAGCCAGUGUCUUUGUGAAACUGCAGAAGCCAAAUGCUGCCAUUAGAGAUUGUGAUAGAGCUAUUCAGAUUAACCCUGAUUCUGCACAGACCUACAAAUGGCGAGGAAAAGCCCACAGGCUGUUAGGUCACUGGGAGGAGGCCGCACAUGACUUGGCUUUGGCCUGUAAACUGGAUUACGAUGAUGAAGCUAGUGCCAUGCUGAAGGAAGUGCAGCCACGAGCUCAGAAGAUUGCAGAACAUAGGAGAAAAUAUGAACGAAAACGUGAAGAAAAAGAAAUCCGGGAAAAAAUGGAGAGAGUAAAGAAAGCCCGGGAGGAACAUGAGAGAGCUCAAAGGGAAGAAGAAGCUCGUAGGCAGACAGGAGGACCUCAAUUUGGUGGCUUCCCAGGUGGCUUCCCAGGUGGCAUGCCUGGUGGCAUGCCUGGUGGAAUGCCUGGUGGCAUGCCUGGAAUGGGGGGCAUGCCAGGGCUCAAUGAAAUUCUUAGUGAUCCUGAAGUUCUUGCAGCCAUGCAGGACCCAGAAGUCAUGGCAGCUUUUCAAGAUGUUGCCCAGAAUCCAGCAAAUAUGUCAAAGUACCAGAAUAAUCCCAAAGUCAUGAAUCUCAUUGGCAAACUAUCAGCCAAAUUUGGAAGUCAACCAUAAAAUCCCCUUUCAUGACAAGACAUGGGGGAAGUAUCGUUCACUUACUGUUAUGUUGCAAUAACACAAACCAUUGUACCUCUGAUUCUCAAAAGAGAACUAGAGUGCUCUGGAUAGAAUCCCUCUUUCUCCUCCCUCCUUGCUUCAGAAAUGAAUGUCUGUUCACGAUUGUAUCCAGGUUUUAUUUCAAAAACACUUCGUACUCUCACCAUCUUUGCCCAGGAGUUUGUCUUACUCAACAGUAGUACAGUUUGCUUUUAAAUUGCAUUAAUUGUAAUCUCUCAGUAGAUUGCAUCAGAAAGUGUUGAGUGGGUGGUUGUGGGGGAGGCGUGUGUGGGGAUGAUGGUUCUUUUUAUAACAGUGUUGGAUUCCUUAGUAAGACCUUUUAACAAUGUUUAAGUUCUGACAUGAGGCUUAGUAUUUUUAUUUUAACUGGAAGAAAUACUACACUCAUAUUCAUUUUUUUACAUUCACAAAGGUGACUUAAAACAUAGUUAAAAUCUGCAGCAGUUGGAAACGCCCUUACUGUUGCAUGCUUUGGCUUUAAAUAUGUUGGCACAAAUGCUAUUCAGGCUGGACUACUUAUACAAUCAAUGUUGAGCAGAUUAACAUGUUAGUUAUGUUUGUCAAGGUGUGUAGGGGGCAUGUGUUUCUAAGCUAAUUGACACCAAUGGUGGGAAACUCUUAAUUACUUGUACUGAUUUGACUAUUGAACAUUAUUGCCUGGCUUAACUUCUUAAUACUGUAGGAGGGAAACAAAUUAGUUCCCGCCACCAAAUCUCAUUCAUUAUUUAAUCAAUUCAGAAUGCAGGUAGAUAUCAGUAUAAGUCUGUUAAGUGAGGAAACUCUGGAUUCUGAGUUUGAGACCUAAUAAAUUUACAUAUCUUGUCUAGAUUUUUAAGACUUUGUGGUAUUAGUUCCAUUAAUGCAGUUGAGUACUUUCCUAUUUCCAUAUAUCCCAAGUUAUCAGUCUUUAAUAUUGUUUUUUUGGGUUUUUUUUUUUUGUUAAUGUCAUGCUGUCACAUUGAUACUUGUGGGGCUUGAGUUCUGAAGGGGAGAAGAGAGAAGGUCUGUGCUGGAAUAGCACAUCUUAAAUAUAAUUACAGCAUGUGUAUUCAUUGAACACCUUGCUGAAAUGUUUGUUGAUAACUAAUACAAUUCUGUUUUUUUGUCUGUACUAAAAUUUUGAUUUUCUUCUCUUAAUGUUGAAAAGCUAUUGUAAUUAGGUCUUGGUCUCUUUUAGGGCUUUUGAAUGUUUCCUGUUCUGUGCUCUUGUAAUUUUGUCUGAACACAUAAGUGAUCUGUGUUUUCUGUUUUUUAUUAAACCUGAAACUCACCAGAUUCUAAAAAUAAAUUACAGAAAGUUUUGUCCUCAUACAGUAAUUAUCUUAUUAAAUAAAAGGAGAGAUGAAUCCAUUUUUGCUUAAGAAAUAGUUCUGAAAAUACUUCUAGUUGCCUUUAAAAAAUAAUAAAGUCUGGUUUUGAAGAA